UCUCGACAUUCUGUUCAGCCCCCUUCACCCUAGACUGUGGUCUACCUGCGUUUUUAUGCUACAUGAUUCCUCGGCAAGGGCUUCUACGACUCGUGGGUUGAGACAGGAGCACAAUCGAGCUUCUCUCGGGCGAUGACUGACUAUACGACGUAUACCGCACUCCAGAUGAACACUGUUCAUGUUGAAUGCAACUCGACGGCCGCGACCCUUCCUCCUUCACACGCACCCCUGCCUUCGUCAGAUGCCUCUCUGAACCUCAAAAUCCCCUCUGUACACCUCAUCGAAUGAUCCCCCUCCUUCAAGGAGACCUAUCACCAGUGGUCCUCUUACGAUCGGCUACAUCGAUAUGCGACGUCUCGGUCGUGUCAUGCACAAUUACUCGUUGCACCUUCUGCGGAGCAGCCCGUCGUGACGAUUUCCACCUGUAUGCAUCCUUCGCUCAAGACGGCCGCGAAUCAUGCCCUACAUCCUCAGCCGCUUCCUAUCUUCCCGCAAAGAACUGGAGCGAGCGUUUCCGUGGCUCGUCCUCACAAGUAUCUCGACCCUUCUUGUUCUCCGCCGAUCCGCUGUACACCAGUGCCCUUCCCUCCUGUACUUCGCAUACUUGCUCCUCUCGCCGAUCGCGCUCUCCUUGAUUCGGAUGGCAUCGACAUGUACGCGUAAGUAGACUCUGAAUCGAGGAGGUUCGAGUAGACCUGCGCUGAAUACGCGCUACAAUCUG